AUGUCCCUUGUGACAGGCCGCUGGCCCUGGUGGUUGCUGUUGUCCUGUGGAAUAGGACUGGUCUCAGGAGAUGAUCUUUGUCCGAAAAAAUGUACCUGCGGAUUACUAGGUGUGGUUUGCACUGACCUGGUGGAGUUUCCCGAUAAUGUACCACUCAGUACUCGGCAACUCAUCCUGAAGGAAAACAGGAUCACCAUCUUACCAGCCAUGAGCUUAGGUCUCCUCAUUGACCUCAUCUACUUAGACUGUAGGUUCAACAAAAUCACACAGAUCAUGGAUUACACCUUCAUCGGAGUCGACAAACUCAUGUACCUUGACCUCAGUUUUAACAACCUCAGUCUCAUCUCCCCAUACGGUUUCAGCAUGCUCCACCAUCUGGUGAUCCUGAACAUUUCCCACAACCCCCACCUCAAGGAGAUCAAUAAAUACACCUUUGCCAACACCACCUCCCUGAGACACCUGGAUCUGAGCAACACAGGUUUGGAAUUCCUGGAUGUACAUACCAUCCACCACCUGUCAAAUCUCAAGUCUCUACAUUUGAAAGGAAAUCCCUGGAACUGUAACUGCAUGUUGGUGGAGUUCAGCAUGUACUUAAUAGUGACAAAAAUUGAAUACCCAGAGAGUGAAAAUAUCACCUGCCUAGGACCUAUAGAGAUGGCAGGGUGGCCCUUGACCCUGGUGGGGAACCCACUCAGAUACAAGUGCCUCACCCACCUGGACCGUGAGGACUAUGCCUUCCUGCUCAUGGUUGGCUUCUGCAUCUUCUCCGGGGGCACAGUCGCAGCCUGGCUCACUGGAGUGUGUGCAGUGCUCUAUGAAAAUUUCCACCGAAGGGCUGAAGAUGAAGAGGUAGAGGAGGAAAUAGAGGAUGAAAAGCACAAAAGGAUCCGAGUUUUUAAAUGCAAGGAUAAUCGAAAUUUUGAUGCCAUGAACCACCAUUUUGUUUAG